AUGUUUGGGGAGAUUCCGUUACUUUUUGCCCUUACAGCAUGUAAUAGGAAAAGAAGCCUUGCACACUGGGUCACAUCUACGGCGUCGGAUGUCAUCAAGACCAGUGCCAAAUUACACAGGUCCCAUGGAUUUUGGACCAAGAAGACACGUCAACGACUCGCUAUAGAGAUUGUCUCAUGCUCAGCACCUACAACGCCAGGGCAGUCCCCACCAACGCCUAUCUUCACGCGCUUCUCGAAACUGCAAGGCGCAUCAAUCAGUAAUCGCCUUACAGGAAGCAAAGUCAAGGAAGACAGAUGUUAG